CAACGAGCGUCCACCCAUCACUCUCGCUCUCGAUAUCUCCGGUCCCUACCCACCAAGAACGCAUGGCGGAGGAGAAGAGCACCAUGAAGGCCAUCCAGUACCGGUCCUACGGCGGUGGCGCCGGCGCCCUCAAGCAUGUUGAGGUUCCAAUUCCUUCACCAAAGAAAAAUGAGAUUUUGCUGAAGUUGGAGGCAGCAAGUAUAAACCCAAUCGAUUGGAAAAUUCAGGUUGGCAUGUUGCGUCCAUUUUUGCCACCCAAGUUUCCAUUUACACCUGUUGCUGAUGUAGCAGGAGAAGUUGCUGAGUUGGGUCCUGAAGUUAGUGCCUUCAAGAAAGGUGACAAAGUAGUUGGCAUGCUGAACUUUUUUAAUGGUGGCGGGCUCGCCGAGUUUGCUGUGGCACCUGUCGGCCUAAUGGUGACUAGGCCGCCUGAACUCUCUCCCCCUGAAGCCGCAAGCCUACCAACAGCUGCCAUGACUGCUCUCCAGGCACUGAAGUCUGCCGGAACCAAGUUUGAUGCCACCGACAAGCCAUCUAACAUUCUGAUCACAGCAGCCUCCGGUGGCGUGGGGCACUACGCGCUGCAGCUCGCCAAGCACGCAGGCCACCAUGUCACAGCCACCUGCGGCGCCCGCAACAUCGAACUCAUAAAGAGUCUGGGCGCGGAUGAGGUGCUCGACUACAAGACUCCCGAAGGUGCAAAGCUAUGGAGCCCAUCAGGCAAGAAGUACGAUGCAGUCAUCCAUUGCACCACCAACAUUUCCUGGUCCACUUUCGAGCCUAAUCUGAGCACCGAGGGGAAGGUGAUCGACAUAACUCCCACCCUCAAGACCAUGGCUACCUCCAUGCUCAAGAAGCUGACCUUUUCGAAGAAGAAGCUGGUGCCGUUGUUACUAAGCCCCAAGUCCGAGGACAUGAAGUUUCUGGUGGACAUGGCACAGGAAGGUAAGCUCAAGACCAUCGUGGAUUCGACACAUCCGUUGACCAAGGCAGAGGAGGCCUGGGCCAAGAGCAUGAGUGGCCACGCCACCGGGAAAAUUGUCGUCGAAAUGUAGAUUCUUUAUAGUGACUACAUUGGACAUGGUGGUAGUACUGUUAAAAUCUCUUGAAUGGCUUCCUACUUAAUGUUAACUGCUAAAUUUGAGGUUAUCUGGGGGCUAUAAUAUACCAUGCUAGAUUUCAGA